AUGGAAAACCCUCAACAACAAUUUCCAUCACUGGCACCUACACGGAUCGGAGUUGGUGAUGCUCCACGCAACCAUACCCAUCGUCAGGAUAUAGUGCCUCCAACCGUGCAGAUCAAGAACUUCGAGAUCAAGAGUGGCCUGAUCUCCAUGGUGCAGCAAAAUAAAUUUCAUAGUCUGCCUAAGAAAGACCCCCUGGAUCACCUCGAUGAGUUCGAUCGUCUCUGCAGUCUCACCAAGAUCAAUGGAGUCAGUGAGGACGGUUUCAAGUUACGACUCUUUCCAUUCUCUCUGUGUAACAAAGCUCAUCAAUGGGAGAAAACUCUUCCUCUAGGAUCUAUCACUUCGUGGGAUCAAUGCAAGCAGUCGUUUCUUGCCAAGUUUUUCUCCAACUCCAGAACUACACGUCUGCGCAACGAGAUUUCUGGGUUCACUCAGAAGAAUGGUGAAACACUCUGUAAAGCAUGGGAGCGCUUCAAAAGUUAUCAAUCUCAGUGCCCCCACCAUGGAUUCACCAAGGAGUCUCUCCUCAGAACUCUCUACCGGGGCGUUCUCUCAAAGAUCCGGAUGUUACUUGACACUGCCAGCAAAGGUAGCUUUCUGAACAAGGACGUCGGCGAUGGUUGGGAGCUUGUUGAGAACCUAACCCAAUCUGAUGGCAACUACAAUGAGGAUUAUGACAGAACCAUCAGGGCAAGCACAAAACUUGAUGAAAAGUACAAGAAGGAGAUGAAAGCUAUGAAUGAUAAGCUGGACAAACUCUUGAUGAGCCAGCAAAAGAACAUCCAUUUCGUCUCUGAAGGAGACUCUUUCCAGAUUCUGGAUGGGGAGAGAGAACAAUCAGAGGAGAUAAGCUAUGUCCAAAACAAGGUGGAUACAAAAAGGGAUACAAUCCCUAUAAGCAGAAUCCCAAUCUGUCUUAUAGGAGCACCAAUGAUGCAAAUCCCAAGAUCAGGUUACCAACCUCUAGCAGGACCACCUCCACCACUAGGAUUCCAACCUCAACACGCUCCACCUCCUCAGGCCCCAGACCAUGACAUGAAAAACAUGCUUCAGCAACUCCUCAAAGGACAAUUUGAGACUCUGAAUUCCAAGAUCAAGUAUAUGGAGGGAAAAACUGCUUCUACUUCUGCCCCAAAGCCUGGCCAAAUCCCAAGAAAAGCUGUUCAGAAUCCUAAGAAAUUUGCUCAUGCCAUCACGCUGAGGAGCGGUAAAAACUUGCCUCCCAAACAAGGACCUUUUGAUGUGACUGAGGACAGUGAAGACUUGGAAGGGGAGGAUGUAUCUUCCAAAGAUAAGUCUGCGAGAUACGUUCCCCCACCAUACAAACCACCUCUACCAGCUGAGAAGUAUAAGGCUUUAUUCGAAAAGCAAGUGAAAGAGAUUGAGUUGAGAAUGCCAUUGCUGGAUACAUUCGUACUUGUCCCUCCUUAUCAGAAGUUCCUCAAAUAUUUGGUUAUGGAGAGAGCAAAAGAAAUCCAAGGCAUGGUGAUAUUGAGUUAUGAAUGCAGUGCCAUUAUCCAGAACAAGAUUACUUCCUUGAAGCUUAAGGAUCUUGGAUCCUUCCCUCUAUCUUUCAGCAGGUGCCUAUGUGAUCUUGGAGCUUUAGUGAGUAUAAUGCCAUUGUCCGAGGCUAAGCGUUUAGGCUUCACAAGAUACAAGGCAUGCAACAUAUCUCUCAUUCUAGCUGAUAGAUCAGUGAGGCUCCCGCAUGGACUCUUGGAAAAAUUGCCAAUAAGUAUUGGUGUUGUUGAAGUCCCUACAGAUUUCGUUGUCUUGGAAAUGGAUGAAGAGCCUAAGGAUCCCUUGAUUCCUGGAAGGCCAUUCCUAGCCACUACAAGAGCCAUCAUUGAUGAUCAUAUCAAGACAGCUUUGACAAAGAAUGAAUCAGAUGGAUUUCUUCAUGCUGAGACCAAAGUCUACGAAAUAUUGCUGAAUACGUAUAAGGCAACUGAUGACUCAGAACGUUUUAAAGAAUUGGAUGAAUCUGUCAAGGAGGUAUGCUCAGUAGAAGAGGAAGUCAGCGGCAUCCCGAUCACUCAUCUAGCUAAUGAUGAUUGGUCAGAGUUAAAAGCUCCCAAGGUUGAGCUCAAACCGCUACCCUCAGGAGUGAGCUUGAAUAAUGAGGAAUUAGAGUUGCUAGUCACUGAGCUUAGAAAAUAUAGAAGGGCCAUAGGGUAUUCCUCCUUCUCCUCAUGUUUGUUGGAUCUCUGCAGGGUAUUGGCAAGAUGUGAGGAGACGAGCCUAGUGCUCAACUGGGAGAAGUGCCACUUCAUGAUGAACGAAGGGAUAGUGUAG